ACUAAUUCAGUAAUUCACUUUCAUUUUAAAAUGGGUUAUCUAUACUUCUUGAGUUUCCUGUUUGCUUUAUGCCUCUCAUCUCCUCACAAUGUUUUGUUUGCUCAAAAUUUACCAUACAAAGUUGUGAAUCUAGGAAACUGGCUGGUUGUCGAAGGGUGGAUGCAAGAACCAUCUCUCUUUGAUGGAAUUGUCAGCAAAGAUCUCUUGGAUGGAACUCAAGUGCAACUUAAGUCUACAAAGUUUAACAAGUAUCUCACUUCUGAAAAUGGGGGUGGAGCUGAUGUUGUAGCCAACCGUGACUCAGCUUCUGGUUGGGAAACAUUCAAGCUGUGGAGGAUCAGUGACUCAUCCUUCAACUUGAGAGUGUUCAACAAGAAAUUUGUUGGGCUGGAAAAUCAUGGGGGUGGAAACAAAAUUGAAGCAGUUUCAGACUCACCAAACAACCCGGAAACUUUUGAGAUUAUAAGGGAUGACAACGACCCCUUCAAAAUUAGAAUCAAAGCAUCAAAUGGCCACUUUUUACAGGUUGGAUCAGAGACAUCAGUGACUGCAGAUUAUGAAGGCACAAAUUGGGAUGAAAGUGACCCAUCAGUCUUUCGUAUGAAUAUUGUACCAGGCACCACCUUGCAAGGAGAGUACCAACUUACUAAUGGUUAUGGUCCUAAUAGAGCUCCUCAAAUCAUGAGGGAUCACUGGAGUACAUACAUAACUGAAGAUGAUUUCAGAUUCAUGUCAGAAAAUGGCUUAAAUGCAGUGAGAAUACCUGUGGGAUGGUGGAUAGCUAAAGGUCCAAACCCUCCUAAGCCUUUUGUUGGAGGAUCAUUGGCAGCAUUGGACAAUGCUUUCAUUUGGGCACAAAACCAUGGGAUGAAAGUGAUCAUAGACUUGCAUGCAGCUGAAGGUUCACAAAAUGGCAAUGACCACAGUGGCACAAGAGAUGGAUAUACAGAAUGGGGAGAUUCAUACAUACCAAACACAGUCCAAGUCAUAGACUUCUUAGCCGAAAGAUAUGGUAAUAGGCCAAACUUAGGAGGAAUAGAGCUGAUGAAUGAGCCACAAGGUGUGAAUCUUGAGAGCCUUAAGAAGUAUUACAAGGAAGCUUAUGAUGCCGUGAGGAAGCACAACCCAAGUGCUUAUGUGAUCAUGUCAAACCCAUUAGAUGCAGAUUCUAAAGUGCUUCUCUCAUUUGUGAAAGGCUUUGACAGAGUAGUCAUUGAUGUGCAUUACUACAAUCUUUAUUCCAGCAAAUUCAACAACAUGACUGCUCAACAAAAUAUUGACUACAUAAGAAAUGAACGAGCCUCAGAUCUUAGUGGCGUCUCUUCCUCAAAUGCUCUGAGUUUUGUAGGGGAGUGGACUGGUGCGUGGAGCAUAAAAGGUGCGUCUAAGGAAGACCUCAAAAGGUAUGCCCAAGCCCAAUUGGAUGUGUAUUCUCGUGCAACUUUUGGAUGGGCCUAUUGGUCCUACAAGUGUAGGUAUAUGGAAUGGAGCCUCAAGUCGAUGAUCGAAAACGGUUACAUAAAGCUCUAGAUUUUGGACAAAAACAAUUUAGAGAGGUUGGUGGACCAAAAAAGAGGUCUACAUUUAGCAAGGGCAUUCCACAUGUUGUUUCAUUUCUUAUAUUCUGUUUUCUUAUCUCCGUUUUGUUUGUUUGUGGUCUAGCUUUAUUUGUUAGGGUUUUUCUAUUUUUCACUUAUCAUUGUGGUUUCUUUGGAUGAAGAGUACAACAGAUAAGAAAUAAAUAUGAGAUUUAAAAUAAAAUAUUAAAUUAUAAUUUUGAUA